AUGGAAGGCGGCGACCAAGAUGUUAUCAUGGGAGGAGAUGGUAGGCCUUCAAACCACACGACUACGCCCAAUGGAGUAAUUGCGCCUGGCGAAAGCGACCCUAAGAAUGAGAACUCAACGUCUCCCGACGACGAAGAUGAGGACGAUUUUGACGAAUACGACGAUGAUUCAGAUCAGCAGGUUGUGAAUCAGCUGCGUAGACGAGGUCUUCUGCCGACAGCAUGCUGCUACGAUGACCGCAUGAAGCUCCAUGUCAACGCCGACUUUGGCACAACACCACACCACCCAGAGGAUCCUCGUCGGAUAGAGGAGAUCUACAAAGCCUUUAAGAGGGCCGGCCUGGUCUAUACUGGGCCAGAGAGCAAGGUGGCCGACGUGAUGCGAGAUACUCCGACCAAGUACAUGUGGAGAAUCGGAACUCGUGAAGCGACAAAGGAAGAGAUUCUCACCACUCACACUCCACUGCACUACAACUGGGUUGAGGGUCUUUCGAAAAUGGACUACGCUGAGUUGCGGGAAACGAGCCGGCAAUAUGAUCAAGGCCGUGCCUCGCUUUACGUUGGCAGUCUCACUUUCACAGCAGCCCUCUUAUCAUGCGGCGGCGCCAUUGACACCUGUAAGCAUGUCGUGGAAGGCAAUGUCAAGAAUGCUUUUGCCGUCAUCAGACCGCCCGGCCAUCACGCAGAGUAUGAUCAGCCCCUCGGAUUUUGCUUCUUCAACAACGUGCCUGUCGCCGUUAAGAUCUGCCAGCAAGAGUACCCGAAAGACUGUCGAAAGGUCCUCAUAUUAGACUGGGAUGUCCAUCACGGCAACGGCAUCCAAAACAUAUUUUACGAUGAUCCGAAUGUUCUUUACAUCUCCCUCCACGUCUACCAGAACGGAAUCUUCUAUCCUGGCAAGCCUGACAAUCAAGAAAUACCAGAUGGAGGCAUAGAGCAUUGCGGUACAGGACCUGGCCUGGGAAAGAAUGUCAACAUUGGAUGGCACGACCAAGGUAUGGGAGAUGGCGAGUACAUGGCUGCUUUCCAAAAAAUUAUCAUGCCCAUCGCGAACGAGUUCAGCCCCGACUUGGUGGUCAUAUCUGCUGGGUUCGACGCCGCCGCUGGAGAUGAGCUUGGCGGCUGCUUUGUGACAGCGACAUGCUAUGCGCACAUGACUCAUAUGCUCAUGUCUUUGGCGGAUGGCAAGGUUGCUGUGUGCUUGGAGGGCGGAUACAACUUGCAGGCUAUCUCGACAUCGGCUGUGGCCGUUGCCCGGACCUUGAUGGGUGAGCCGCCACCAAAGAUGGAUAUUCCUAUGCUCAACAAGGAUGCGGCCAGAGUUCUUGCCAAGGUCCAGAGCUACCAAGCGCCGUACUGGGAAUGCAUGAGACCUGGUAUUGUCCCAGUACCGGAUAUCCAAGAUCUCAAUACGACCAGACUCAAUGACCAUAUCAGACUCGGCCAACGGCAGGAUCUCGCCCAACGUCACCAGAUGAUUCCACUCUUCAUCCAGAGGGACCUCCUUUUCAAAUCAUACGAAAAUCAGGUCCUCGUAACCCCCGACAUUCCAACGGCGCGUCGCAUUCUCGUCAUCAUCCACGAUCCGCCAGAGUUGCUUGCACAACCAGAUGUGAUUGACCGCCACAUUGAACCUCACAAUGCAUGGGUUGUCGAUAGUACGGCACAAUAUAUUGACUGGGCUGUUGACCAAGGCAUCGCAGUAAUGGACGUCAACGUACCCAGCAAAGUAUCAAGGGAUGAAGACAUGGACCCGUACAGCCCUAGAACGGCAGACAAGGAUCUGCUCAACGAGCUUCAAGAGCUGGCGAACUAUCUUUGGGACAAUUACCUCCAGCUCUAUGAGGAGGCCGACGAUAUACUACUCGUCGGCGUGGGUCGGUCGUACAGUGGAGUCAGAGCGCUUUUGACGGGCCGAGACUGCAAAGCGCGUAUUGCCGGAGUUGCAUGCUUCGUCGAAGGCAUGCUGCGACCAGUCAAAUCCGACGUCGACAACGAACUCGCAACAUGGUACAAAGGGCAUUCUCAGAUCUACGUAUCACAUGACCAUCCGUGCUGGAACAGUGAAGACACACUGCGUAGGGUCACCAAACGGCGAUUUGGAACAGUCAUUCGCAGCGAUGUCAACGGUGUUCAGAAGAUGAUGCAGACACAUGCUGGGGAGAUCCAAAAAUGGAUGCUGGAUAUGCUGGCAGCUCGCCAGAACGGUGAUACCACAGAAGAUGACAAGAUGACUUGA